CAUGCAUAGAUGUAUAUAAAUAGAGGGUGUAGUCUUGUACUGAGGUAGUACAUAAUUAAAUCAUUGAUUCUAUUGAAAGCUACAGAAAAGAAAACGAAAAACCUCAAACCUCGAGUCCGGUUUUUUUCUUCCCUUUGGUUUGUUUUUCUAGUCCUAGCUAAAGUAACAGUUUCCGAACCGAAAUUUUCUUCGUCUAGUUUAUUAGAAUUCCUUCUUUCAUUUCUUUAAUUUCUUUCUUUUUUUUUUUAUGAACUUUGACUAUUGCAUUGUCUGUGGAAAUGAUACCGAUGACCAUUUGUACUGUUGCGAUCAAUGUAAAGCCCAUGACUCUACAGAGCACAGAAGAUCGACCGACCAAAGAAUGUCAGUGGAGCAAAACUUUCAACUGCUCUCUAUGGAACACUUGAGUUACUUUUGCAAACGACCAACAGUUACUCCUCAGUUGGUUCGUGUUGCCAUGUAAUUGAGAUUGAAACGAUUGUCUCGUAAUAAUAUCGGAUGGGUUCAUGUAAUAUGAGAUGUAACAAUGGAAAUUCUCAUUCAAGACAAGCCGUGUUUCCAAGUUCUUUGAAAGACCAUAAAAGAACAUAUAUAUACAUAUGACGAAACGGGGAAUCAUGAAAUACGAAUCGAGCAGUUACAAUACGCCUGCGCUUGUUUGAAUCUGCCCAAAUUGACAUGUCUUUGUCUUUGUCGCUCAGCUCAUGGUAAAGGCUAUUUACUUUUUGAAUUUUUUCAAUACCAAGUUUCCAUUGACGAGUUUGAUUAAUCCUUGCAUUUUUAUUUUAUUUUAUUUUAUUUACUAUUACUGUUAUUAUUAAUUAUUCUUUUUUAGUCACAAAUAGCCUCCAUACAAAAUAAAAGAUGC